GAAAGAAUGACGUGGCCCGAAUGACGGCUACACAAUUUGUUCAAUUGAAAUUCUCAACAAACAAAUUAUCCACAAUUAUUAAUUAACACUUAAAUCAUGAUAUAAUUAAAGUAAUAUAAUAAAUAUAUUGUUGUUUAUCCAUUAACGGAAUUAUUUAUUUUUAUUAAAAUUAAUAAAAAUAUAAAUUCAGGAUGACGACUUAUGAAGAAUUUAUUCAACAAAAUGAGGAUCGUGAUGGUGUACGUUUUACGUGGAAUGUAUGGCCUUCAUCAAGUGUAGAAGCAACAAGACUUGUUGUACCACUUGGUACACUAUAUCAACCUAUCAAAGAACGACCAGAUUUACCACCAAUUCAAUAUGAUCCAGUACUAUGUACAAGAUCAACUUGUCGUGCAAUUCUUAAUCCAUUUUGUCAAGUUGAUUAUCGUGCUAAAUUAUGGAUUUGCAAUUUUUGUUUUCAACGUAAUCCUUUUCCACCACAAUAUUCUGGAAUUACUGAACAACAUCAACCAGCUGAAUUAAUUCCAUCAUUUUCAACAAUUGAAUAUACAAUUUCAAGAGCUCAAUGUUUACCACCAAUAUUUCUUUUGGUUGUUGAUACAUGUAUGGAUGAAGAAGAAUUAAGUGCAUUAAAAGAAGUAUUACAAAUGUCAAUAUCACUUUUACCACCAAGUGCAUUAAUUGGUUUAAUAACAUUUGGUAAAAUGGUACAAGUACAUGAACUUGGUUGUGAUGGUUGUAGUAAAAGUUAUGUAUUUCGUGGUACAAAAGAUCUUCAACCAAAACAAGUACAAGAAAUGCUUGGUAUUGGACGUCCAAUACCUGGACAAAAUAUAAAUUCACAAAGAAAUCCAUCUGGUCAACCAUUACCACCAGCAAAUAAAUUUUUACAACCAGUUCAUAAAUGUGAUAUGAAUUUAACUGAUUUAUUAAAUGAAUUACAACGUGAUCCAUGGCCAGUUGGUGUUGGUAAACGUCCAUUAAGAUCAACUGGUACAGCAUUAGCUGUUGCAACUGGUUUACUUGAAGCAAGUUAUGCAAAUACUGGUGCUAGAAUAAUGAUGUUUCUUGGUGGUCCAUGUUCACAAGGUCCUGGACAAGUUGUUACUGAUGAAUUACGUUUACCAAUAAGAUCACAUCAUGAUAUACAAAAAGAUAAUGCAAAACAUAUGAAAAAAGCAACAAAACAUUAUGAUAAUCUUGCUGAACGUGCAGCAACAAAUGGACAUAUUAUUGAUAUAUAUUCAUGUGCACUUGAUCAAACUGGUUUAUUAGAAAUGCGUUUAUGUUGUAAUUCAACUGGUGGACAUAUGGUUAUGGGUGAUUCAUUUAAUUCAACAUUAUUUAAACAAACAUUUCAACGUGUAUUUACAAAAGAUGAUAAAAAUAAUCUUAAAAUGGCAUUUAAUGCAACACUUGAAAUAAAAACAUCACGUGAAAUUAAAGUAUCUGGUGCUAUUGGACCAUGUGUAUCACUUGGUACUAAAGGACCAAGUGUUAGUGAACAAGAAGUUGGUCUUGGUGGUACAUGUCAAUGGAAAUUUUGUUCAUUAACACCAUCAACAACAACAGCAUUAUUUUUUGAAGUUGUUAAUCAACAUGCUGCACCAAUACCACAAGGUGGAAGAGGUUGUAUACAAUUUAUAACACAAUAUCAACAUAGCAGUGGACAAAGAAGAAUUCGUGUUACAACUAUUGUUAGAAAUUGGGCUGAUGCAACAACAUCAUUGAAUCAUAUAGCUGCUGGUUUUGAUCAAGAAUCAGCAGCUGUAUUAAUGUCAAGACUUGCUGUAUUUCGUGCUGAAACUGAUGAUGGUACUGAUGUAUUACGUUGGGUUGAUAGAAUGCUCAUUAGAUUGUGUCAAAAAUUCGGUGAAUUUUCAAAAGACGAUCAAAAUACAUUUCGUCUUGCUGAAAAUUUUUCAUUGUAUCCACAAUUUAUGUAUCAUCUUAGAAGAUCACAAUUUCUUCAAGUAUUUAAUAAUUCACCAGAUGAAACAAGUUUUUAUCGUCAUAUGCUUAUGCGUGAAGAUUUAACAAAUUCAUUAAUAAUGGUACAGCCAAUUUUAUAUAGUUAUGGUUUUGAUGGACCACCAGAACCAGUUUUACUUGAUACAUCAUCAAUUCAACCAGACAGAAUUCUUCUUAUGGAUACAUUUUUCCAAAUUCUUAUAUUUCACGGAGAGACUAUUGCACAAUGGCGUCAAUUAAAAUAUCAGGAACUUCCUGAAUAUGAAAAUUUUAAACAAUUAUUAAAUGCUCCUGUUGAUGAUGCUGCUGAUAUAUUAGCUGGAAGAUUUCCAGCACCACGUUAUAUUGACACUGAACAGGGUGGAUCACAAGCUAGAUUUUUACUCAGCAAGGUCAAUCCAAGCCAAACACACAACAACAUGUACGGAUAUGGACCGGAAAGUGGAGCUCCAGUUCUUACUGAUGAUGUCAGUCUUCAGGUAUUCAUGGAUCAUUUGAAAAAAUUAGCUGUUUCAUCAACAGCCUAAGAUAGAAUAAAUUUAAUUGAGAAUAAAUUCUCAUGUUUUCUUUUAAUAUAUAAUAAAUGCAAAAAAAAAAAAAAACAAAAAUAUGUACGUCAACAGAAAAAAACAACAACAAAAAAAACAACAACAAUAUAUAUUUAACAAUUAAUUUAAAAAAUUUGAUUGCAAAAGAAAAAAAAAGAAUAGUAACUUUUUUUUGUUUUUUUUUUUCGAUUCUUCAAUGACACUAUUUUAUUUUUCGAAUAUUUGUUUUAAUUAUUAUUAUUUUUUUUUGUUUAUUAAUUUUUUACUGGCAGAGUUUUCCAGGCAUAUUGGCCUGAUAUUCCAGUCAUAUAUAAAAUAUAUGUAAAUUAUAUAUAGGCAA